GGUGAGUCAGUCCAGCCACGCUGGUCGAGAGGCUCCCCUGGGACGCUGUCCUGAGGGGCAGAGGAGUCCAGGGAGGCUGGACAUUGUGCAAGGAGAGAUCCUUGAAGGCGCAGGCAGGAACAGGCCGUGCCCGUGUGCCCAAAGACGAGCUGGCGGGCAAGCAGAGCGGCUGAGCAGGAAGCUUUGGCUGGGACUCAGGGCAAACACAGAAUUUACAGCUUUGGAAGAAGGGCAGCACCGCAGGAGGACGGCGAGGAUGUCGUUGGGAGAUGCAGGGAGAAAGGCAGAAAGGCCAAGGCCCAGCUGGAACUGAAUUUGGCCAAUGCCAUAGGGGAGAACAGAAACGGCUUUUACAAAUACAUCAGCAACACCAGGAGGAACAAGAACAAUCUUAAUUUUUAUUGAACGCAGGGGGAAACGUUGCCACAAGGGAUGAGGAGAACCCUGAGGUACUGAUGUCUCCUCUGGGUGUCCCGAGCUCAUGGCCACCCACAGCACCCUCCUCUGCAGAGAGGGGUAAAUGCGGCGGCUCUUGGGGUGCACUGCAGGGACUGGGCACAGGCACCUCGUCCUGGGGUGACGGCAUGCCCUCACUGUUGCUGCUUCUCUGGGGCGCUUCCCACUCAAGUAACAGCAAGGAGAUAACAGAGGAAGAACUCACUGUCCUGUGAGUAGGGGCCGCCCCACAGACCCCUGCAGCUCCCGCUCCUCGGCUCCCUAUUGCUGCAAAGCCCACGGGGGACACCCGGGGGACUCCCUGGCAGGAGACAGGGUGGGCUGGGGGCCCGCGCUCAGCACGAGGGGGACGCCAGGCUGGGUACCCUGGGCCUUCUCCAGGCAAAGCCCGCUUCCAGCUCAGCAGCCGAAUGGGCAGGGAAAUGGGUUUUCCCGAGGGGGAGCGGUGUCUUUCCUUUCUUUGCAGAGAUUUCACUGGCAACUCCAUUGCUGAGAUUGGAGAACGAGCCUGGAAGAACUACCCGUGGGCUGAGACCUUAGUGCUCAGGGACAAUGAGCUGCGGGCAGUGAAGAGCCAUUCCCUGCAGGGGCUGUUCCUGCUGAAGCACCUGGAUUUGUCUGGCAAUGAGAUCGUGUCCAUUGAGGAACGUGCUUUCGAGCCACUGCCUUUCCUGAAGCUUCUAAACCUCUCCGGGAAUGGCCUCACGCAGAUCCGCAGCGGCACUUUCCAGGCCUGGCACGGGAUGCAGUUUCUCCAGGAGCUAGACCUGAGUGCCACCCAAGUGACUCCGCAGACGCUGCUGCUGUUCCUGCAGAGCACAGUGAGCUUGGAAAGCCUCCAAGUGCCCAAGGAUGUGGCCUGCUGCCUGUGCCAGGAGCGUCCCCUCGCCGAGAGCCCGUGCAGGACCAUCCAGUUCCUCUGCGAGAAGCUGUGCAGCACCAGCGCCCCGCAGUGCGCUCACACAGCUCGUCUGCUUCAGACACGGGGAGAAAUAAUGGACACGCAACUGCCCAGAGAGCUGAACACCAGCCCAGUGUUGAGCCUCAAGCCCAAGGAGCCUUCCCUGGGAGAUCAUGGAACCGUAACAUUUGCGGUUGCCCUGACCCUGAGCACUGAGGGUGAUGUCAGCAGCCUGGCCAAUUCCAGAACAAAUUCACAUCCCCCUCAGCACCUCUCAGGGUAUGAAGGCAAAACAAGCGUUGAUGACCUGAGAGCCAAGCUCGAGAAGAAGGUGGACAAGGCUGAAAGCAUCAAGACUAUUAAAAGCAUUGUCCCACACCAGCCCCAGCCUGCCAGGCUGAAGGAUGUGGAGGAAAAGAUACCCUCAAGCUGGCAUCACAAGCAGCAGGACUCCCAUUUGAACUGGCAAGCAUUAAACCCCUGGGAUGUAGCUGAGAUGAGCAGCAAGAUCCAGCUCCAAGGCAGAACUUCAUUAUGA